CCUAAUUCUUCGUCGUACAAAAUGAAUCUGUAAUUAUCAAGAACAAACAUUUAACGCGACGGGCCACAUAAAAUCCGUCGAAGGGCCGCAUGUGGUCCAUGAGCCACGGAUUUGACAUCCGUGGUUCACUCUGUGCUUAUUAUUAUUGAUUAUUUUUACUCCAUGAAUCGAUUAGUUGUUUAUAUCCAGACAAUAAUGAAAACGUUAUUUAUAUGAAAUAUUUGGUUUAUGAAGCUUCUUGUUUGAUCGAUUAUCAAAGUCGCUGAAUCAUUUUAGUAAUCAAUUCACUGCUGAUUAUUACAUUCAUGCAGCGGUUUACAUUAUGGUGAAGGCUCAGAUCUCUGCUAUAGCCUGGGUGGCAGGAAGCCCCCCCUCACUUCUGCAUGUUGUGAAUCAAUUGUGGGCCUCAGCUCGCUCCUGAUUGGUCCAGCGCUGAUACUACGAUGACAGCCGGGGCUGGUGGAGGGAGACAGCGAGCACCAAGUCCAUUGAUGAACUGCUGUGAGGAGAGAAGCAGGAGGUGUUUUGCUCAUUUAUUGCUGCUGAAGUCUAUUGGAUCUCUUUCCCCCUGCACUUGAGGAGGAAUGCACUACAGUGUGUGCUGUAACCGCUGGUCCUCUGACGAGAGGCUGGAUGGAAAGACUGUAAUCAUCACUGGAGCCAACACUGGUAUUGGCAAAGAAACUGCCAGGGACCUGGCGAGAAGAGGUGCACGCAUCAUCAUGGCGUGUAGAGACAUCGAGAGAGCAGAGGAAGCUCAAGCGGACAUUUUGGAAGACACAGGAAAUGAGAAUAUUGUUGUCAGGAAGCUGGAUCUGUCUGACAUUAAGUCCAUUAAAGCAUUCGCGGCACUCAUAAUCAAAGAGGAGAAACAAGUGAAUAUCCUGAUAAACAACGCAGGCAUCAUGAUGUGUCCUUACUCUAAAACUGCAGAUGGGUUUGAAUUGCAGUUUGGGGUCAAUCAUUUAGGUCACUUCCUGUUGACCCACCUGCUGCUGGACCUCAUCAAACGCUCAGCUCCGUCCCGUAUCGUCGUUGUGGCGUCUGUGGCUCACACCUGGACUGGACUUCACAUUGACGACAUCAACAGCGAGAGGAGCUACGACACCAUGAAGGCCUACGGACAGAGCAAGCUGGCUAAUGUCAUGUUCGCACGCUCCCUUGCCAAACGGUUACAAGGUACUGGGGUGAGUGUGUUCUCUCUGCACCCAGGGGUUGUGCAGUCUGACCUGUGGAGGCACCAGCACCAGUGUAUUCAAGUGGCCGUGAAGAUUUUUAAGAUUUUCACCAAGACAACACAGGAGGGAGCACAGACCACCAUCUAUUGUGCUGUGGAGCCAGGCCUGGAAAACCAGAGUGGAGGCUACUUCAGUGACUGUGCCCCGGCGAGAUGUUCAAGGGCCGCGUCUGAUGAUGACUUGGCCCAGAAACUGUGGGAAAUCAGCUGCAACAUGCUCGGCAUCAACUGGCAGUGAAUGGUGGAACAUCAGCUGUGCGCUUUUACUAUGAAAAUGAUGUAUUUUAUGACUUAAAGUACAAAACCAUACAAAAAUGGCUGAAUCCCGAUCAAGGGCUUAUUUCUAUUAUAAAUAUAUACAUUUAAAGAAUUGCAUUUAUCACAUAAUUUCAAGUUUUACUUGUUGGCAUUAAUUGAUUUUCAGUACUUUGUUGAAUAUGAAAACAGUUUUAUUUUACCUCUUAAUGUGGUUAUUAUUUGUUGUGUCGGUUUUGUGUUUGUAUUCCAGAUGCUGUUCUAUUUUGUAACAUGUUAGCUAGACGUUAGCUCGCUGUUUGAAAGUAGCAUGUGAUUGACAGUUAAAGCCCUUAUUUUAAAUGGCAACAAGAAACGGAUCAUGUUCUGCCUUUGCAACAUUUCAGUUGUCAGGAAGUCAUUUUGGUGAGCAUAGUGGUGCAGUGGUUAGCAUUGCUGCCUCAUGGCUAAAAGGUUGUGUGUUUGAAUCUGCCGGCCAGUCCAAAGCCUUUGGGGUGAAUAUGAGCGUGAAGUUCCUGAAGCAUUUCCUGUAUGCCGAGUGAGGAACAACAUAAAAUGGUUCUGCAUCAGCAUUUAUAGUGUUGCAGUGGCUGCAAAUAAAUGAACAUAUGAGUGCUGAUUUGUUAGAAUACUGUGAAACGACCAUGGAUCAGACAAUGUCAGCAGAGGAGACGGUCUCUAAUACGGUCUUGGGUUAAUGCAGGACAGGAAUGUGGACAUGUGUCCCAAAACGAAAUUUGAGGACACACUUACGAAUUUGAGGACGGAUAGGGAGUCUUCAGACCUGAGGACCAGGUGUGAAUGGGGUCUAGACUCAAGUAAAUUGUAACCACAAAAUGGCUACAUAUAAUUAUAAUAGGAUUAUAAUGGACCAACUGUUUGAGGCUUUAGCGAACCCUCUGACACUGGGAAUGUGACAGCAUAUACCUGUUGUAAAAACGAAACCUGUUAAAAUGACUCUUCUUCUUUGUCACUUUUUGACAUUGCUGCCUCUGUGAGCUCUGAUUGUAAAGGCAAUGUUGUUGACAGCCCGCUGAGUGGACCUUUUCAGAUGCAGCAACAUGUGACACUGGUGUGAAUUUGCCUUUCAGCGCUAAGAGAUUAGGUAAACUGAGUGUAUUCAUGGUGAGAGAAUCGAGGGUCUUAAAGUCUAAGCUAGUGCCACCCAAACAGAUGACUGAAUUUCAAUGCAACGUUCUCCACGGUCACUUCAUUAAAGUGACACGUGGAAAAUAGUAAUGCUGGAAUCCUGGCGCCCACAGCGUAGUGCUGUUUAGUAUCAUUCAGUGCUGUGCUAAGUGACUGAUGUCCCAAUGUCCCACAAAACAGUGUGUAGAAUGAAUAAUGCAGAGUAAAGACUAAUCUUUUUAUUUCCUGAAAAUUACCCUGUGUUAGUCACACUUUGUAAUAACUAUAGUAAAUAUCACAGAUCAAUAGAAAAUGCCAGAUUAUCAAACUUGUGUUAAUCUAAAUCACAUGCGGGAGUAUUAAGGAGGAAAGGAAUGUGCUGAAGAAGUGGCUGCACAAAUAUAGGACUAAUGCUCCCUCUAUAAGACAUGCAUGUUGUGAUUUUGAUGCACACUUUGCAUUUAUCAAAUAAUCAACUGUCAGAAACUGGGAAUGAAAUAAUGUAAAUCAGAUUUAGUUGAUUAUAUCCACCUUGUCCAGAGCACUUUUGUUGAGUUGCUUGGUCUUGUUUUCACAUCAGACGAAUGGGUUUUGUACGCAAUUCUUCGAUGAAGGCCACUUCUUGCCAGACUUCUCCAGCCAGACAGUAAAUGGAUUAACCCCAAGUUUCUGCCAAUUUUGAGCUGAUGUGCACUGCUGGUCAUCUCCCGAUUCAGAGGGAAAGUAAUCGUGAUGUGUCUUUCAUCUGCCACACCAAGUUUCCUUGGUCCUCACUGUUGCCUGUUUUGUUGUGCUUCUUCAAAAGAGCAUGAACCAGUGGUGUGCACAGGGGAGUGCAAUUGCCCCCCCCUGGUGUCCUAAUGGACAAAAACAUGGCAUGCCAAAGUACCUCCUAGAGUGGUAAAAACAUGAGGAAGUUCAUAUGUGGUCUCUAAAGCAAAGUAUACAUUUUAAAAAUGUAUUGUUUCUAAAGGAGUGCCUUUCUAGUGGAGAAAAGUGGAACAGUAUGGGAUGACCUCUUGUUAAGGGAGUGAUGUCACUUCCUCUAGGUGUCAGUCAGGGUUAUGGGCAGGUGACGAUAAGACAUUAUGUUAGUGGUUUCACGCUUAGUGCACAUUUUAUUCCUUAAAAUGGUGUCCUGUACAGCAGUACUCCCUGCCUCUAAUAAAACUACCGUUAAGCUGCAGCACA